UAUUUAUUUAUUCGCCUAGAAUGCCCCGCAAUCCAUCAUUUUAUAUCAAUAUCUCCCCCUUUCUUCCUCCUGCAUCUAGCUUUCUUUACCGUAUUAUUACUUAAACCAGUUCUCCCGUUUACUCCUUUGCAAAGAGUAAAAUAACGAAAGAGAGAGAUGGCAGAUUGGGGUCCUGUUGUCAUCGGCGUGGUGCUCUUCGUUCUAUUGACGCCUGGACUUCUCUUCCAGCUUCCUGGAAAUGGAAGGGUGAUUGAAUUCAACAGUAUGAGGACGAGCGGUCUCUCCAUAUUUAUUCAUACCAUUCUAUUUUUUGCUCUUAUAACGAUAUUUCUCAUCGCUAUAGGCGUCCAUAUCUACACUGGUUAGGAGUUAUUCAUAUUCCUUAGAUCUAAUACAUGUGGGAACUGUGCGUGAGAAAUUUCGAUGGAGGUGGAGAAAAGCUUUAUUACUUCGUCAGACUGUUAUGUUUUGGUGUGUCUUCUGUUUGUUUUUUGUGUAAGGUAGGGAGGUUUUAUUGGUGCAUAUUAUUAUGUGAAAUGGAUUGAAAUGUCCCCCUUUUAAUAAAAUUUUUAUGAUUUCAUUUUUUUUCA